CAUUGAUAAAGAGAAGAGCAAACCAAUCUCUUCAAUUUUGGGUAAACAAACAAUCUUUGGUAAGAUUGCAAUAUAUUGUUUUAAUAAUAUCUAUUCUGUUAAUUGAGUCAUUCAUAUUUUAAGGUAGCUAAGGUUAAAGCUCCAGAAUAUUCAAUUAGCUGCCUUCUACGUCACAUUCAAUCGCAAUCGCAAUCGCAAGUCGCAAGUCGCAUAACGGCGCAAAAGUAAACAAAUCAUGGAGCAAGCUUCCCCUUCACUCCCCCAACUCUUCGGCAUGUAUGUUCUUCCUCUUCCUUACUGCAGAUUCCAAAUCCCUCCCUCUCAAUCAAUCAAACAAUAAAAAACUAACCUCCCUCCCGCAACAGAAUACCUACCGGACAACCUCCAAUCAUAAACCCCACGUCCGCUCCCUCCCCAACAUCCUUCGUCUUCACCCUCCCCGCGCGUCCCUACAACCACAUCUGCGUAUUCCUCCUCCCAGGAAUAACACUACCACCCUCCACCGCCGCCGCAGUCUACAUCUCACUACCCCCAUCCUCCAAUGCCUCCACAUCAGCCUCCACACCACCGUUUAAAUUUCUCGGGGGCAUUGGACCGGGAAAAGAAAGCGCCAUAUUCAAAAUAAACCGCGACACAACCCCUCAAAACAGCAAUUCAAACCCCGCGCCCGAAAUCGACAUGGACGCGGACUCCGUCCCCUCCUCAACCGAUCCUCAAGGCGGAAUAACCCUCGGUAUCUCUCUCGAGAGCGCCGAUUCAGUAUCCGCGCAAAUGGCACAAUUAUCCUCCUCUUCUCCUUCCCCAUCAAUCAACGCCUCCAACCCCUCCACAUCCUUAAUCCUCUCUCGACCCUCACAAAUCCCAAAAACAGACACGCUACUCCUCGCGCAGCGAAUCAUAAAAAAUGCAUUUAAUUUCCUCGCGAGUUUUAGCGGGAAUGUAAUGGAUGGGGGAAAUGGGAAAGGUGUGGAAGUUGUGCCGUUGAAGGCUUUUGAGGAGUGGUGGAGGAAGUUUGAGGUGAGGGUUAGGAAUGAUCCGGGGUUUUUGGAGAGGGAUGGGGAUUAAGAAUUAUUUAUGUUUUUAUUUUUAUUUUUUAAUAGAAAGGGGAGAGUGAAGAGACAGAUUUGAAAGGGGAAUGGGAAAAUACAAGAUGUCGAUGUAGGUGUGGAUGCGUAGAAGAAGGGGAAAAGGAAUAUUUGGUCUCCAUCUACGUAAUGUACUUUGGAUGAAUGAGUACAAAAGGAGAGGCAGGCCGAAAACCCGCAAGAAGUGGAAUCACAAACUCUUCUGGUGAUCAUGUUUGAUCAAUCAUCUGCUGGUAGAGGUAGAAGUGGGAUCUACAGAUCUCAUCUAUUGCUCAAAUAUUAAAGCGCUAUUUGCACGACAUAUUACGUGUCAAUGUCGUAGGGAGGGUGGAAGGGAGAGGCACAAAAUAGCAAACGAUACCUAAUUAAUACAUAUAAAAUUCAUCAUCACAUAGCAUAGGUUGCGCGAA